AUGGUUGGGAACUGUGAUUUGAUUAGAGGUGAAAAUGGAAAUGUUUCUUGGAUAUUAGCUGUGUCUGUUUCUCCAAAGAAGAUGAAACUUAAGGAGCGGGAAGGGUCUUUCAUAGUGCUGCUGCUGCUACCUGCUUUGCUGAUUCCUUUAUGGAUCAAUAAGAUUAAUAGAAUCGAAACAGAAGCCAAGUUGAACUCCAACAAGGUCCAUCAAGGAAUACUAUCUGGGAUUGAGAAUACAGCAAAGUUGUUGUCACCAACAAAUCAUUCACUUGCAUACUUACAAAGAUUUUUAAGCUCAUCUUUGAAGACAACUGAUCCUCCAUUUUCAGCAAUAGAAACUCGGGUGGCUCCUACAUUAUUUUUUGCUUUGUCUACAAUUCCACACCUGUCCCAGAUUUCAUAUAUUGCAUUGGACGGCUUGUUUUUCUCAUAUUACAUCAGAGGGGAUCAACCUUUCGCUGUAUAUUCUAACACUUCAUUUUCCUUCAUUCCCCAUGCUACUGCGACUAAUUAUACUUGGUACAAUCAACCAGUGAGUCGCGACACAGGGAAGCUUUGCGGAGAAGCAAUGAGGACUCCUCCACUCUUAGACUUUAAUUCAAGCUGGUUUCUAGAAGUGUUGGAGAGUGGAAAUGGAUAUUCUUCAGUAGGAACUGGCUGGAGUACUGAUCAAGAUCCUCUAUUACUUAUGAGUUUUAGCAUUGAUCAAAGAAGAGCUUUAUCGCUAGGCUUUCCUGUUGAACCAUUUACUGAUUUCUUCUCGAAUGACAUUAAAGUUUAUGGAGGGGCAUUUUAUCUGGCAACAAAUAAUGGAACAGUACUCAGUCAAGGGAUCCCAAAUACUCAAAUCGUGAAAGCCGGUAAUUCAGUUUCAGUUCAGAUAUGGAAACCAAAUGGUGAUCAAAUAGGCAAGGUUGGUGAUGUUGCAUGUCAGUCCAAUGACAGCAACCUGACAGCUUCUGUUUUGGAAAUAUUGGAAAUGAAGUAUCUCUUUUACUGUUCGCCUCUUGAAAUUAUUGGAGUGAAAUUGGUGUAUGUGUUAGCUAUACCAUACGGGGGACUAGUAAGUUUCUUGCACCAGAAUGUCAAAUUUGCACUUGUACUCCUCGUGCUAAUGGUCCUUGCCAUGGCUAUCUCCAUUUUCACAUUCAUUUGCUCCUCUGUUAGAGCUGCAAGGAGAGAAAUGUAUCUUUGUGCUGCACUUAUAAAACAAUUGGAAGCAACUCAACAGGCUGAAAGGAAAAGUAUGAACAAAAGUCUUGCCUUUGCAAGAGCAAGUCAUGAUGUCCGUGCAUCUCUGGCUGCUAUUAUAGGUUCUAUAAGGUUAUGUAGUGUAAAAGUAGCUUAUGGAUCAGAUUUGCAGGAAAAUUUAACCCAAGCUGAAACUAAUGCAGAGGAUCUUUUAGGUAUGUUGAAUUCCAUUCUGGACACAAGUAAGAUCGAAGCCGGGAAGACACAACUUGAAGAAGAAGAAUUUGACUUGCAAGAACUUGUUGAAGAUGUGGUUGAUUUGUAUUAUACCGUUGGUUUGAAGAAAGGUAUAGAUGUGGUAUUGGACCCCUGUGAUGGAUCUGUUGUGAAAUGUUCUCAUGUUAAAGGUGACAGAGGCAAACUUAAACAAAUUUUAUGGAACCUAUUGAGCAAUGCUGUCAAAUUUACUUCUGAAGGACAUGUCUUGGUUAGAGUUUGGGCAAAAAAACCUAGUUUUGAAAACAAAAUACUUUCUGCAAAUCAGAAAAAUUCAAUCAGAUGCAUGUCAUGUUUUCUUUUCCAGACUGAUGGUACCAAAGAGGACUUGGAAGUCGUUAACAGAAUCCAAGAGGAUCCAAGUUGUAUGGAAUUUGUAUUUGAAGUGAGUGAUACUGGAAGAGGAAUUCCCAAGGAAAAGCGAAAUAUGGUCUUUGAAAACUACGUUCAAGUCAAAGAGACAGCACUUGGACAGGAGGGAACUGGUUUGGGGCUUGGCAUUGUUCAAUCUCUGGUUCGGAUUAUGGGCGGAGAGAUUGCAAUCGUGGAAAAGGAUCGAGGUGAAAGGGGUACUUGUUUCAGGUUUAACACCUUCUUUACUCCAUGCGGGUAUGGGACUGAUAGCCAAGAACAUGAUCACGACAUGGAGUCACAUGGUAGUCAGUAUUCAAGUAACUUCCAUCAGCAGCCAGGACUGAAUACUACAAUCCAUAGCCCCAAAAUAGAGGGAUCCCAUGUUGUACUCUUCCUCUCUAGUGAUGAGAGGAGCAAAAUCACAAAGAAAUUCAUGGAAAGCCAAGGGAUAGAUGUGUCUGUUGUGAAGCACUAUGAAUACCUUCCUCAAACUCUCAAAACGAUCAAACAAAAACUGACGAGUUCAUGUCUGAAGCCUAACAACAAAUCUGAUUUUAAGUCGAGAACUGACCGAUCGAGCAGAGUUAUGUCUAGUAACUCUUGUUCUGGAUUAAAGGACGUGCCUCUUAGUGCAUUUGAUGGAAAGGAUUCUCUACCUGCAUCAGAGAAUAUAAUAAGUACCAAGAAAACACCAAACUUUGUCUUGAUUGUGAUUGACACAAGUGCUGGACCAUUUCGAGAGAUCAGUAGGGCUGUGGCUGAAUUUAGAAGAGACCUUUGCAGCACUUGCAAUAGGAUUGUCUGGAUAGAUGGGCCAGGAGCUGGCAGCAUAAAUGUUCAAGGCCUUGAAGAGGAUAAACUUCCUGCAAUGGAUCAGAUCAUCUCCAAACCACUCCAUGGAUCACGUUUGUAUCAAGUUAUUGGACUUCUUCCGGAGUUCGGGGGUAUAAUGCCAACAGCAAAAAUUAUGGAAAGAAACAACUACGAGAGUAAAACUGUUUCUGUUGAAUCAAGAAGCCUAAGUUGUAGGGAUCAUGCACAAUUUAAAUCAAGACAUCCUUCAUACCAGAACAAGAAAAUACAGGAAAUUGGUAGCUCAAAGGGUGAAAAACCAUUGCAGGGUAAGAAAGUCUUGGUGGUAGAAGAUAAUAAAGUUCUACAGAAAGUGGCUACAGUACUCGUUUCUGAGCUUGGUGCAGAUACUCACUCGUGCAGAAAUGGUGAAGAAGCUCUAGUAGUUGUUUGCAAGAAUUUGAGGGAUAGACGAGAGAGUGGGGCUCAUCAAACUCUACCUUUUGAUUAUAUAUUGAUGGACUGUGAGAUGCAAGGCAUGGAUGGAUAUGAAGCUACUAGAUGCAUAAGAGAAGAGGAGAAGCAAUAUGGUGUGCAUACCCCAAUCAUUGCACUAACUGCUCAUACGCAAAAUGAAGAGAAAACCAAGAUGAUUGAAGCUGGAAUGGAUUAUUACUUAUCCAAACCUCUGAGGAAGGAGCAACUUCUGGAUGCUAUGUCUCACAUCCAUGGCAAAUGA